AUGUCUUCACCUAGCAUCUAUCUCGCCGUUAUUGGCGUCGGAGGUGUCGGAACCUGCUUUCUAUCUCAGGUCUCUUCGCUACCUUCUCGUCUGCGCCCCACACUGAUCUUCCUCUCCCGUUCAUCGAAGCAACUCUACAACACGUCCUACUCCCCUGUGUCUCCCUCCGACUUGCAAUCCUCCACCUCUAAGCUCCUUUCAAUUCCUGAUGAACUCGUCACAUACCUCUCGUCGGCCCCCGGAAAGGUCAUCCUCGUGGACAAUACCUCGUCUCAAGACGUCGCAAACGCAUACCCGUCUUUUCUAAAAAAGGGAAUAAGUGUCGUGACACCGAACAAAAAGGCCUUUUCUGGAAGCUUACAGCUCUGGAACGAUAUCUUCUCCGCGGUCGAGCAGGCCAAUGGAAAAGCCAUGGUCUAUCAUGAAUCCAGUGUGGGUGCCGGUCUUCCCGUGAUAUCCACGUUGAAAGACCUGGUCGCGACGGGGGAUCAAGUCACGCGCAUCGAAGGUGUGUUUUCAGGAACCAUGUCGUUCCUGUUCAACUCCUUUGCCCCCGUCGACGGCACCGGAAAUGGGAAAUGGUCUGAGAUCGUGAAACAGGCCAAAGAGGCGGGAUACACGGAACCAGAUCCCAGGGACGACCUGAACGGGAUGGACGUCGCGAGAAAACUCACCAUCCUAGCACGUCUGGCGGGCUUGAAAGUUCAGGGGCCGGAUUCUUUCCCCGUCCAGAGUCUCAUCCCCAAGGAACUCGAGUCGGCCAAAUCGAGCGAGGACUUCAUGGCUCAGCUACCAAAAUUUGACGAGCAGAUGGAGUCGUACAAGUCCCAGGCCGCUGCUCAGAACAAGGUUGUGCGCUACGUCGGCUCGGUGGAUGUUGGCAAAGGCGAGGUCAAGGUAGGACUGGAGAUGGUGGAGAAGGGUUCACCCAUUGCGGGCUUGAAGGGCAGUGAUAACUUGAUUUGCUUCUAUACCAAACGGUAUGGGGCGAAUCCGUUGGUCAUCCAGGGUGCGGGCGCAGGUGGCGAGGUCACCGCGAUGGGUGUCACAGCAGACUUGAUCAAGGUGGUUGAGCGGCUGGGAUAG